AUGGUAAAUGUAAAACGGGAUGCCAUCCAGGGUGGCAAGGAGAUUACUGCCAUAAAAGUAACUAAUUCUAAAUGCGAUGGGAAUGAGUAUGGAGAUAGCUGCAAUGAGACCUGUCGCAAAUGUAUGGACAGCGAGCCUUGUCAUCACGUCAAUGGUUCCUGUGUUAAUGGUUGUGAAUCUGGAUAUCAGGGAAAUAAAUGUGAUAGAGUUUGUGAUUUUGGCUUUUAUGGGCCAAAUUGCAAAAUUGCGUGCAGUACGUUCUGUGAAGUAUCACGUGACUGUCAUCCCAUGACUGGUGCCUGUAAAUCGGGCUGUAAAGCUGGAGUCAAGGGGAGUGAAUGUCUAGUGGUUCAAGACAACUAUCAAAUAAAAUUUUAUGGAAUCAUGAUAUCUUUUUGUGUUACACUUCCUCUGACUGAGCUGUGCCUUUUCUACAAAAUCAUGAAAAGGAUAAUUAACUCGCAAGAAAGAAAAGACAAGACAUAUCAUCAUCAGAGGGAUGAGGUGUUUCUCCUUAAAAGAGACGAUUCUGCAGUUCCCGAGACUCAGGAAAAUAAUCAAGUGUUAAAAGGGGAAUAA